CGGCGGCGGGAGCGGCACCGGCACCGGCGAGGGCCGGGCUGGCGGGAGCGGUGCUGAGGGCGCUUCCCUUCCACCCCCGCCCCGGUGCCGUCCCUGCGCCGAGAGGGCUCGUGGGCGACGCUGGAGGCAGCUGGCCCCGAGCAGGAAUGUCAUGCUUUUAAACAAGAGAUAAACCUGCUGAAUAGCCAGAGCUAGACCCAGCAAAGGACUAAUGGAGGUGUGCACCAAAAUGGGUUGAGUGCACAGCUGCCUUAUUCCACUUUUAGUUGUUCUUGCACUGUCUUCAGUUUUGCUUCAGAGUGCGCUACAUAUCUAAAUGGGUUUGUUAAGUUGGCAAAGAACAGACAACCUCUGGUGGAAUUUCUGUUUUCUGUUUUCAACCAGUGCUGGCUGAGCUGAAACUUCCUGUGUCUUGGGGAGAGCAUGUAUAAAAGGAAUGACUUCAUGGCCAAUGUGAUGGUCACCUCUGCCACUCCAGAGGGUAGUAGCAGCUCAGAUUCUCUGGAAGGGCGAAGUUCAGAUUAUGCCAAUAAAAGCUACGAUGCAGUUGUAUUUGAUGUGUUGAAAGUAACUCCUGAGGAGUUUGCUAGUCAGAUAACGUUGAUGGAUAUGCCAGUAUUUAAAGCUAUACAGCCUGAGGAACUAGCCAGCUGUGGAUGGAAUAAGAAAGAAAAACAUAUCCUCGCUCCAAAUAUUGUUGCCUUUACUAGGAGGUUUAACCAGGUCAGUUUUUGGGUUGUACGAGAAAUAUUAACAGCACAGACCUUAAAAAUAAGGGCAGAAAUAUUGAGCCAUUUUGUGAAAAUAGCUAAAAAGCUUCUAGAACUGAAUAACCUUCAUUCUCUGAUGUCUGUGGUGUCAGCACUGCAAAGCGCACCCAUCUUCAGGCUGACCAAAACCUGGGCUCUUCUGAAUCGUAAAGACAAGACCACCUUUGAGAAGUUGGACUACUUACUGUCUAAGGAAGAUAAUUACAAGAGGACACGAGAGUACAUCAGAAGCUUAAAAAUGGUUCCUACAAUUCCAUAUUUAGGAAUUUAUCUCUUGGAUUUAAUCUACAUUGAUUCUGCAUAUCCCGCUUCAGACAGCAUUAUGGAGAAUGAACAAAGAUCCAAUCAAAUGAACAAUAUCCUCCGAAUAAUAGCUGAUCUGCAAGUCUCCUGUAACUAUGAUCAUCUUACAACACUCCCCCAUGUGCAAAAGUAUUUGAAGUCUGUCCGUUACAUUGAAGAACUUCAGAAAUUUGUAGAAGAUGACAAUUAUAAAUUGUCUUUAAGAAUUGAGCCAGGUAACAGCUCUCCUCGACUGGUUUCCUCCAAAGAAGAUCUUGCAGGUCCGUCCGACAUGUCAGCAAUUGUGAAAUUCAGCAGGAGACCCACGUGUCCUGAUGCCUCAGUAGCAGCAAGUUUCCCUACGCCUCCUGUGCCAAGGCACCGGAAGAGUCACAGCCUGGGGAACAAUAUGAUGUGUCAGCUGAGCGUCGUGGAGAGCAAAAGCGCCACCUUCCCGACAGAGCGGCCGCGGCACCUGCUGGAUGACAGUGUCCUGGAGUGUCAGAGCCCCGCGCGCGGACACGCGCCCAGCGUGCGCCUGGCCAACGGCCUCUCCAGAGAUAGCAGUGAAAGCUCAGAAUUUAGUGAGGAGCUGCCGUCAGGGCUUGAAAGGGGUCGUUUAUAUGCCACACUGGGUCCUAACUGGAAGGUACCGAUCCGGAAUUCUCCUAGAAGUCGAAGCUGUGUCUACAGCCCAACAGGCACCUGCAGCUGCACAGCAGGUGGUUCCACAGGAAUCAUUACCAUGGAAGGGCCAUUAAAAAGAAAAACACUGCUCAAAGAAGGCAAGAAACCUACUCUCUCCUCAUGGACUAGAUACUGGGUUAUGCUUUCAGGAUCAACUCUUCUGUAUUUUGGAGCAAAAUCUUUAAGAGGCACUGAAAGAAAACAUUAUAAAUCUACACCUGGGAAAAAGGUCUCCAUUGUGGGCUGGAUGGUGGCACUGCCUGACGACCCAGAGCAUCCUGAUAUUUUCCAGCUAAAUAACCCUGACAAAGGCAAUGUUUACAAGUUCCAGACUGGCUCAAGGUUUCAUGCAAUAUUAUGGCAUAAGCAUUUGGAUGACGCGUGCAAAAGCAACAAGCCUCAGGUACCCGCUAAUCUAAUGUCAUUUGAAUAAUUUGCUCUCCUACCUGGCGCGACUUCAAGUGCCAAACUGAAGAAACAGGUUAUUGUUCUCUGAGGAGGAAGAGGAGGAUGGUUUUCCUGACAUGAGCCAGCCACAAAUAUGUCAGCACUUUCCUAUGUAACUAGAUUCUGGCAUAGCUUUUAAAAGCAGAAAGUGAAUGUUGUCCCUAGGACCAGAUAUAGUCUUAUGCACUGAGUGAAAGCAGACAAGUUAGGUGGACAGAAGAUUAAUCCUGACUCCUGCAGGAUUCUAGAGCCCUCAACUAUUUGUGGUCAGAGACUGCAUGAACUGAUAUUUGACCACAAACUGAGCAUCGUAUCUUCUGCCUAUUCUUUUUUAAAUGGUUCUUUUUAUUGUUAAGCUGCUUUGUGUGACUGAAGAAUAUUUGGCCCAUGUUGGGUUUCAAUUCUUUCUAAUGCACAGAAUGACUGACAGUGUUAACUUGCUGCAAAGUGUCAAUUAGAAUAGAAAAUUGUGGAACAACAUUUUUAUAAUCUAAGUGCACUGAGUUGCUUGGCAAAGUGGCUGCCUCAAAUUUUGUAUCAAAUCUCUGGACAAUUGUGCUGUUCACAUUUGAGCUAUUUGGGAAAAAUGUAUUUUGGCAUAGGACAGCUGGAUUUGGUUUUAUUCCGUUAUUUUACUCAGAAAUGCCCUAACAAUGGAUAUAAGGCUGUUUAAAUUUGCAUUGUGCUAAAGUUUGUCUUUCAUUCUCUUACUAAAGGCGUAGUUGCUUACAAGUUUGUUUUUUUUAAUUCAGUCUGAAUGUUGUUCAUCUUAAAUACCUUGGUAGGGAGGCAGGUAAUCAGAUGUUAUGUAUCACGUGGCCCAAGGUCCUCAGAAUGAUUCCAUAUCAUUGUUCCUGCUCUGUCUUUCUGUGGAUGACUUGGCUCCACUCAAUUCCAGUUGCAAUUUUAGGACAUUAGUACUGGCAGAGGGUACUGCUAUUAUGAAAUCAUGAUGGCAGUGAAAGCUAGGGAAGACUGUCUAACAAUGGAGCAAAUACAAAGAAACCUCCCCAUCGGUGUCCAGAGAACAAAAAAAGAAAAAGCAUACACCUGAGCCUUCUCUGAAGGAACUGUCCUGACAUCACUGUGUCCCUGCUGUGCCCUCGCACUCCUGCACUCAGAAUCUGUCUCUGUUCGUAUGGUAAGUUCAUCACUUCUUCUGUUUGAAAUUCUUUUGCCAUGAGGCAUCAGUAUUCAGAUUCAUCAAUCACCAGAAACCUCUUCUGAGUUUCCCAAGAUUGCAUAGAGGAGAAAUUGGCAAGCCAAGCCUGUAGCUUACAAACCAGGAACAACGCGGAAGUUAGUUUAAGUGAACAGAACAAGCUCCCUGGCACUAGCAGGAUGUAUUCUGUGGACUUGCGUGAUUUUCUAAAUUUUUGUUUUGAAACUUCUCUAAAAACAACAACAACUGCAAUACCUGUACUGUUAAAUGUAGGUUAAAAGUUUUGUUCUUUUAAGAGUUCAUGUUACAAUCCUGAAAGCCUAAUACAUACCAGCUUUUCAAGAAAAUCAGUUUCUGAAGACAACUGCACUUAGAUCCUGGGACAUGUGAAAGUGUAUGUAAAGUGGACAAAGUUUAUUUGAUAGUUCAGAUGAUGUGUGAAAAGAGUGAGAAUGCAAAAUAUGUCUAUACCAUUUUUUCUCUUUUUUUGCUAAGUUAAGACAACUUUGAACUAGGUAUCUGCAGGGGCAGAACAUCGAAUGCCAUUAGAGAUGAUGUAGAAGCUUUUGAAUGCAGUAAUAUCCUGUCACCAGUAAAUGACUUCAGAUUGUAAGAAUAUGAUAUGGCUUGAAUUAUUCUGCACCUAUGGACUUUUGUGAUUAGUUAUCAAUGAGAUUACUCACGUGCAUAGCCUUUUUAAUGACUGUGCCACCUAUGACCAUGUGUCAUGUGUGCUGUCAGUAUUCAUAGCGUUUGAACAGUGCAGAACAGUGACCAAAAUGAUGACACCUGAACCAAAACAGAACUGUUCAAGUUAAGAGGGUUUUUUUAAGUUACUAGUAGCCCUUUCCCCUUAAAAGGGAAUGACCUGAUCUGUCUUCAAUAUAAGCUAAAUUUAAAAUCAAACACUUACUAGCAUAAAGUGUACACAUACAUUAGAAGCAUGUAAAUACUUAUUCAUUUCUAAUGUGGAAGUGAACACAAUGAGGGCUUGUGAGAUUUUUUCCAGCAUAUUGCAAUGGAAAUAAACUAAUGGAUGUUGUAACAAUUUUCAGUUAUGUUUAACAAGCCUCCUUGGAAAGAACAGUAACUGCUGACUGAUAUGGUAGCAAUAGAAUGAGCCUGUACUCGCUUAGAAUUUAAUGGCUUUUAGAAUUUAAGGGUCUCUGAAGUGUUACAUAUGUUAUUGUAUGUACAAGAGGUAGAGUGUUCUAGCCUUCAGAAAUACACUUCUACUCAAAAUUACAAGCCAUGGAGCUUGCUGGAGAAGUUACAAAAGUGUCCAUUUUCACUUGCUUGUAAAACAGAUUCCCAACUAGAAAGGAAGCAGCUUUGGCUCAAACUAUGAUGGGCCACCAAACAGUAUGGCAUGAAUGAAAGGCAGUAUUUAGCAAUGAUUCUUAUACUCAGUCAUUUGUCACUGUCAGAAGAUGAAACUGUGGAAAAAUUAAACCCUUCAGUCCGACUCAAUAUUCAAACUCAGAUCGUACUCAGAACCUUGUAAUUUGGAAAUAUGUCAAAAGUACCUUGAAUUUCCUCACACGACUGUCAUUUGAAUGUAAAAAGCAUUAUACAGAAGAAAGAUGAAUGUAGCAAAUAACAGUUUUACACGAUAGUUCGGUUAAUGUUUUCAGUAUAGCACAGUUGUGAAAUUGCUGCACAGUAUUAAAACAUUCAGAUUGAUGGCAGUGUAGGAAUACUACUAAACCAUCUUAAACCAACUUUAAAUUACUUUUUAAGAAUGAAAAGGUCUGCCACUGCUGAUUAGAGAUUUUAUGGUGUCAUUUGGUACCAUUUGCUGUUAUCUGGUACUUUUAUGGUUAAUUGAAAGCUGCUAUUGAAAUACACUAUAUUGCCUAUCAGGACUUAUUAUUACAGCAUUUGCACAAAAAAUACCACAAACCAUACAAGUUUUCCUCCAUCAAAGAGAGAAUAACUGCAAUAGUUAUGUAAAAGUAAACAUUAUGUCAUAAUUACUGUUUUCAGAAUUGUGAAGAUAUAAAAACUGUAGGUAAUAUUAUUUAUUUAACGUGCAAUUUUUAUGUAAUUCAGUGCCAAAAUGCAUGUUUUUCCAAAUAGCACUAAAACGAGGCAAAGAAGCUGGUUUUCAAAUUGCGACUUACUUGUCACAUUAUAAUGUAAACCAAUUUCAACAUUUUCGUUUGUUUUGUGUGAAAACUGUUGCACUAUUUUUGGCUGUAUUUUCUAGCAGUCCACUGCAUGCCAUUUGUGUAAAGAAUUCUUUCUAUAGUUCUUGUGAACUGUCUCACCCAUAAGAACCCUGACAUUGGAAUCUAGGUUUUUGGCAAAGUAUUUUGUUACCUCAGUCUUGUAUCAAGUUGCUGUGUUUUUCAGUUUGUUACAUUGAUAAUGAUUGUUUCAUUAAUUAAAUACUUUAAUGUAAAAAAGAUUCGUUUACUUCAACAGCAGUUGGAUUUGGUUGUAAGUUUAAAAAUGUGCAGAGUAUGUAUGCUGUUAACAAUAAAAUAUUCAGAAAAAGAAUAGUAGAGGUACAGAAGGAA